AACGCGCGGGGCGUGUGCGGGAGCUACAGAGCGUCCCCUGCGGUCCUCGCCGAGACCCUCGCGCGGCUUCGCUGGUCCUUCGCCGCGAGCGCGACGGAGCUGUCCUCGCACACCGAGGACAACAAGGGGUCCGGCAUCGGUCCUCUCGCCUCCAGAGAGAAAUUCCGUCUCUGUGCAAUCUUUUGGAAGCAAACUAAGACCAAAAGGAGGGUCAUCCUUGACAUACGAAGACCAAGACUAAACUGAAAUUUAAAAUGUCCUUCAGGGAAGAACGGAGUUUGGCCACUUUUGCAAUAAUUUGUUUCCUGACACUACAGCAGUCCACCAGUCAGAAGUGCCCCACUAAGAGUCUAGAAGAUGUUGUCAUUGACAUCCAGUCAUCUCUUUCUAAGGGAAUCAGAGGCAAUGAACCCAUACAUACAUUAACUCAAGAAGAUUGCAUUAAUGCUUGCUGUUCAACAAAAAACAUAUCAGGGGACAAAGCAUGUAACUUGAUGAUCUUUGAUACUCGAAAAACAACUAGACAACCCAACUGCUACCUGUUUUUCUGUCCCAGUGAAGAAGCAUGUCCACUAAAACCAGCGAAGGGACUUAUGACUUACAGGAUAAUUAGAGAUUUCCCACCUUUGACCAGCACUAACCAGACAAGUCGAAAGUUAGCCCAAGAUAAUUCUCUCUCACGAGGCCAAUCUUCACAAGCAGUCUCUUCCACUCCCACUUACCUGACAGGUUAUUCAAAGCCCACAUUGGGAAAUACACUUCCUCAGAAGGUUGUAUCCUCAGAUCACUUGGAGACACUAUCUAAGAUUGAUCAAGCAACUACACAGUUCCCUGUUUAUAAAGAAAAAGGCCAUUCGCAGACUUCACAGUUUUCUCCAGAACAAAAAACAGCUCAUCUGCCACCAAAAAAUGUGACUACCUUCCUAACUACAGUGGCCGCUGCUGCUUCUCUGCAUACCGUCUCGGCUACUGCACAGCCUGCACUUCUUCAACCCACCGACCCUGCAAUGAUACCUUCUGUGACUUCUCAACCGCACGAGGCUCCUACACCUGACUCUAAAGCCACUGUCUCUUCUCCGCCUCCCACAGCCCUCGCUUCUACAACACUUACACAAGCUGCGGUCAGUCCCCGAGCUAGCAAUGCAGCUGCAGCUCCAACUACCAUCUUCCGGGCCCCCGCAGAUGGGAAAGUCACCCUGGAAACAGUGCCCUCUAGAGGAGACCCUAAACCGACUUUGAACAAAGGGAAUGCUUCCAAAGCCCCUGCACUUCCUUUGUCAAAUGUGGAUUCUUCCGCUGCGAAUAAAACUUCUUCCCAGGAAAAUGGGAAGUCCAGACCGGGCAGUUCCUCACUGAGCAGUGUCACAGAAAGUCAGCGCGGCCUUCCGUUUGAUAAGUGGCUCCUUGCCGGGACCCUGCUCUUUGGUGUUCUGUUUCUGGUGAUAGGCUUUGUCCUCUUGGGGAGAAUGCUCUCAGAGUCCCUCCGCAAGAAACGUUACUCACGAUUAGAUUACUUGAUCAAUGGGAUCUACGUUGACAUGUAAGGAUGAAGCUAGAUGUCUCAUGAAUCAUUUAGCAACUGGUAGCCCAAAUGCUUGCUUUCUGCUGACUCGCUGAUCUUAGCAGGUUGUAUCUUGAAGACAGGAAAAUGCUCCCUAUCACUUUCUGUUCGUGUGUUUUUUUGAGGAGGAGGGAGAAAAGUGAUCAAAGUAGCUAAUAUGAGUGAUCUGUCUCUAAAAUAUUUGUGUAAACAAAGUUCUCCCUAAAGUAACAAAUUAUAAUUGCCAUAUAAAAUGAAGAACUCAACUGGCUUUGUGCAAGGUAGAAUGGUUAAGACUUCUAAGUCCAAUUCGUUAAUAUUUCUGUUUGCAGAUAAAGUCGACUAUUUAUGACACUAAUUCUAAUAGAUUCCAUUUCUUUUUAUACAAAUUCCAAUAAAACUUAUUCCAGAUGUAUUUCCUUCCAGUUAAACAUUUGAGUAAAUCUUUUAUUGCUCAGUGGUGUUCUUGUAAGUGACACAUCCAGCUGGAUAACUUUCUAUUUAUUCCCAUCAGCAAAAUGAUUACAUGAUGAAAAUAUGUGUUCCAAGUUAAAAUGACAAAACCCUUUUUCCCCAUCAGUGAGAAAAGGGGUUCCUUUGGGAGAAUUCUAGCACAAUAUUAGCCUACAUGGAGACAUUGAUAAGUCAGUUCUGAUAAAUAGCCAAAUAUACUUUGGGUCUGUUCUAGUUAACUAAUUUUUUUUCCUCCAGAAACAAAUAAUGUAGACGUUUUCUGAACUUGUACCAAGUUUAAAAUGUAAUGAUAUUGUAAUUCCUUAGCUAAAUUUGACCAGCAGUCAAUUUUAGCUUUAUCUGGAGUAACAUUAGCAAUAAUAUAUAGCAACUGAGAUUAUUAUUAAAUGAUUAAUAUGCUCUAAUUUUUAUGGUUGGUUUUUUUAAGUUUCUGAGAAAUGCUUUCAUUAAAGUUUGCCGGACAAGGUGCAGGCAGGGUAACCAGAGUCCAGAAGUCCAUAGGGUCGGUUGACACCUCACCUCUCUGGAUUUCAGUUUGCUUAUCUGCAAAACAAGAAAACUGGUCCCUCCCAGGUUUUUAGAGAAAAUUGGGAAUUCAGCUGAGAAGUUUAUCAGUGUGCACUAGAGGGCAGUAGCCGGUUAAUAAGUGCAGGAGUGAAGACAAAGGUGGGAAAUGACACAAAUGGACUGUUCUCUUUCCUCCUGCCCCUCCCAUCUCCUGUUCCCCUCCCCCUUACUCCCUUCCCAGAUUUACUCUAAGCUCAUAAAGCAUGUUAAGAGAAAAGCUGGUCUAUUGAAAAUACUGCUUGCUUUUCAUAAAAUUUCCAACUUGGCUUGAUACAAAUGUCUAAGGGGUUUACAUAAGCUUUAAGUAGGUUGAAUCAAUAAAACCUUGAAUCAAUU